CUGGGCGCCACAGCCAAUCAAACGUAGCGUUCGCAAGCAGCUGAUCGGUGUGUCCUUACUAUUGGCACGUCAAAAUUUUUCUCGUUAUUUUUCUUCGCCCACGCUGAAAAUCAUGUCAGGACAAUGGGAAAUCGUCAAAGCGAAAAAUGACAGACGCAGCAAAGUCCCAGUACCGAAAGCGAACAACAAACAGCCGGAUGGCAAAGCGAAAAAGACGAACAUUUUGAAUGGAAUUCAGCUGGAGGAUGUUUUGCCAAAAUCCCAAAUGCAAAACCUCUACUCAGUGAAAACGAGCGCGUCCAAAGACACAAAGCCCGCGGCAAAGACCAAGCAAAAAGGGGAGAAAAAGCCGAAUAAAUCGUCCCCUGAGCCCCCGAAGCCCAAACUGCCCAAGUCCAUUGAAGCCGCGCUGCUUGCAAUUAGCCCUGAGCAGUUCAGCAUAGAGUAUGAGGAGUCCAAGCGCUCAUUUCCAGACGCCCCGAUCAUUUGGCUCAAGCAACUCACCCAUUUUCUCAACCAAAAGAUCCCUCUGGAUGUGAAGAAUCCAGUUUUCUCCAAUAAACCCAGCGGGUUUCCUUUGAAUGUGAUGCCUUCAGCAUUGAGGGCAACGAUCGAGAAAGCUGUAACGGCAGCGGGAAAAAGCAACGCCCAGCUCUACUUCAACAUAGCGCUCACCUCACUGGUGACUGACCUGAGCAAAGGAUUGGCCACCAUGGGUUAUCGCUUUUUCCUGCAAUACAUCGCCCUAAACGAGCCGAAACUCGUAACGGAAACACUGGCAAAGUGCGUGGCACUGCGAAACUCCUACCAAAACCGUUCUAACAUUGCCUUGUCCAUCCUCUGGGCUGUUGGACAUGUAGGCGUGCAUGAUUUGCAGUCUGGCCUCAAAGUUUUUGAGGAACUGAUGCUGCCCCUGUUGGACAUGAAAAGCUAUACGCAUUACGUAGUGCAGUAUCUAGUGGAAUUGACGAGCCGCAGCUACAAAACGCCCCUAACCAAAGAACAGUGCUUCCUGAUUCUGAGUGUGGUUCACUCAAAAGCCAAACAUUUCCCUGCCGAUCUGCAGAAGAAGCUUGUGGAGAAUCUGCCCACAGUCAGAGACUGGGUGAUGAACAACAGUGGCUCAAACCUGAAAAGCUGGGUGGAACCGUUUCUGAAGAAAAUCGCCUCGACACCCAACCAGGCAUAUCAAAAUUCGCUUUGUUAUAUUCUUAUGGCAAUUUUUGUGAACAACGAUACCACUUUAAACGAGUGGCUUCGGCUGUAUAGUAAAAACCUGCCGGCCAGCACCGUGUUAUUCGACUAUAUACCUGACAAUUACGACUCACUUCCUCCACCGCUUAAAGAGAACUUGAUCACUUUGUUGCACGACUGCGAGCGAAUUAAUCGGGAAUUGGCUUUGAAGAGCCGCAAAGACGAUGGACUCAAGGAGGCCAUUCGUGCUAUGAAGAGGGCUCAGGAGCGGAAGCAAACGCCUGUAAAGACAAGUGGAUUCGGCAGGAAAUUGCUGUCCAGCUUGCUGAUCGUUGCCUUGAUCGCCAUUCUAGCCGAGCCCUUCUACAGGCUGAGCAAGCCCCAGGACGAACUCUGUCUGUUCCAGAUCGGUCGCAAGUUGGCCGAUGGAGUCUUGUGGAUCGACUCCAGACUGGACCAGAUCAUUCCUAAGGUCUACUAUGGAAAGGCCAAAGAAGUGCUGAGUCCUUACGGCGCUCUGGCUUGCGAUACCCUAAAGGUUUCAAGCAACGUGCUGCAAAGCAGCAGGAAUGCGCUUGCCGACUUCGUUGAUACGAAAUAUCCUCUGCUGGUGGCUUCGAUUGAAAGUUACGCACCAGGACUGAUCGACAACACGCAAGUGAUUUUCACCGAUGCCUUUGCCAAAACCAUCAACUACUACCACAUUUCCAAAAACUACUUGCAAAACGAAGUCUUUGUUGGCCAAUUGUCGCCUGAAAACAUUCAACGCGUUGUGGUGGGGGCCUACAACACCACAUCGGAAAAGGCGAUCGAGUACUACCAUUGGGUGUACCAAAAAGUCCAAACGAGCAUCAAAUAACUGCAACCCGCGUCUUAGGCACUUAUUUUCCAAUUUCUCCCUUAUUCCAGUUAUAUUCCUAAUUUGGCGACAAACUCGUAAAAUAUAAUUUGUGAACGUGUAGGUAUAAUUCCAUUGUGUAUGUGUGCGCGAUUUUUUUUAUACAACCAGUUUUAUUGUCGAACAUUUUAAUUUAUUUAAGUUCGCAUAUUGUUAAGAGAAUAUGUUGUUGAAUAAACUUUUUUAUAAAA